UUGACAAAAUAUUCAAAAAUAUAUUGUGAACACUGUAUACGCUUGAAAUUGAUAAAUGAAACAUGGGCAUCUGGAAAUAAAAAACUUGAUAUUUUUCUACGAAAAUGUCAAGAUGAAAGUCCUGUACCUCAUUGCAUUGUUGAGUGGAUAGAAUUUUGUGAAUUAGAAAAUGUCAAAUUUUUAGCUGAAGGUGGGCUCGGAAAAGUGUACAGCCAAUGUGGACACGUGGUAAGAUCAAUGGGUUGGAACGAAACGUCAAACACUUUUGUACGAAAACGCAGAAAUGUGGCACUUAAAGUCUUUAAUGGAGACGGUCUCCCUGAUGAAGAAUUUUUUCAAGAAGCAUAUUGGAAUCACAUAUUCACUAAACAACGGAAUUACAGACCUUGCGUUGUUGGUGUACUAGGAUUCACAAAUAAUCAAGAAGGAAAAUAUAUGAUUGUCUUAGAUUUAUGUGAGGGAGGCGACUUACAAAAUUAUCUCCAAAAACAUUAUAAAAUAAUGGGUUGGAAAGAUAGAGUAAAAGUUGCUUGGGAUAUUUCAUAUGAUAUACAUAGAAUUGUCGAAAACGGAUCGAUUCACGGUGAUUUGCAUCCUGGCAACAUACUUUUAUUAAAUGAAUGUAUGAUUGAUGACUGGUAUAUUUCUGAUCUUGGAACGUGUGGACCGGUCGAUAUGACAAAGGAUCAAAAAAGAGAAAUCAAGAGGGUAUUGCCAUACAUGGCGCCCGAACUCCUUUGUGGUGACUGCAAGACACAAGAAUCUGAUAUUUAUUCUUUUGGAAUUAUAAUGUGGACAAUAAGUGCAGGAUGUAUUCCAUUUAAUGACCGAUACGGUGAUCCAUGUUUGGUUAACGAUAUUAUAUGUGGCCUUCGACCUUCCAUCAUUCCUGGAACACCGAAAGAAUAUACUGAAUUGAUGCGCAAAUGUUGGGAUAAGGAUCCACAUAAUCGAAUUUCCGCAAGGGAUGCAGUCCAAACGCUCAAAGUAUUAUUGAGAGACAUUAUUGAAAAUAAUUUUAUCGAUGAAUAUCCAUGUGAAAUAAAUAAUUCAUGGGAUCCACUGAAAUCAGACUUUACAGUUUUUCGAACUAGUGAAUUAUUGUCUAUUUCACAUUUAACUAGUCAUUAA